AUGACUGAUUCAACUUAUCAAGUCCCUGAUGCUCCUGACGCUAACCAACAACCUCAAGAAAUAGAACAACAACCUCAAGAAAUAGAACAACAACCUGUCCCAGAAGUUGACCAAGCACCUCAACCAGAACCUGUUCAACCCACUUCUGAAGUUCAACAACAAUUAGUUGACCCAAAUGCACAACAACCCACACAACAAGAAACUGCUCAACCUAUAGAAAAUCAAGCACCCCAACCAGAACCUGUUCAACCUACUUCUGAAGUUCAACAACCAGUUAACCAAAAUGUACAACAACCAAUGUAUGCACAACCAAUGUACAAUCAGCCAAUGUAUGAUCAAUCAACUCCAAUGGGUCAACCAGCACAACAACCAAUGUAUCCACAACCAACACAACAACCAAUGUAUCCACAACCAAUGUAUAACCAAGCUCCAGGGUAUGCACAACCAUCACCAAUGGGUCAGCCAACCCAGCAACCAGCACAACAACCAGUUGUUAUUGUUCAAACACAAGGAACAGGAGCAUCACCACAAACCCAACUCCCAUUUGGAAGAGAUCCACAACAAGCGUUUUGUCCUCGUUGUAAUAUGACAGUUACAACAAUUGUAAGGUAUGAGGCUGGAGGUAUGGCAUGUCUUAUGUGCUGUAUUUUUACAUUGCUUGGAUUUUGCUGUUGUGGUCUUAUUUUCUGCUGUAUGCGAAAUUUCAAAAAUGCAGUCCAUUUCUGUCCAAAUUGUAAAAAGAGGCUUGGUUCUAAAAGUGCUUGA